AUGACCUCGCAGCGUCCAUUGAAUGCACUGGAGGACCUUUUUGCCUCGUGCAAUGUGAGGUUUGCAAUACUUCUUGUAUUGGAAAAUGAAACCAAGGAUGCUGCGUUCCAGAAUGCUCUAGCUGCUUGCGAAAGAUGUCGCUUGGGUCACUUGGCCCUUUCCCAUGAUGGCAGCGAUCGCUGGAUGCUGCUGACUGAUACAGAAUCAGUUGCAAUAACACCUGGUCUUCAAGAUGUGCCAGUCCAUUUGGACGAUUUUGGGAAGUACUUGGAUGAUUCAAUCUGUCGUGCGACGCUUCCGGUUGAGGGCCCCCUGUCACUUCGACUGCUUCCGUACCGAGUCACUGAUGCAGGUGCUGAUGGUGGGGUGAUGCUCUAUGUGAACGCAAAUCAUGCCAUCUGCGAUGGUCGGUCGUUGAUGCACUUCCUGGGCUGCGCCAGCAAUGCAUUGCCUGCCCAGCAGUUUUCCAAAAAGUGGCAGGAAUUGGGCGCUCUCACAGAUUGGAAGGAGAUGGUGGCCGAGGGAAAAUUGGAAAGAUGGGAUGAUGAUCCUCCCUACUUAUGUUCCAAAAACCAGAUCUUGAACAUCAAGGAGUUGUGUUUGGAACAUUCGUCCAAGGGAGAUGAAUGUUUACGUUUUGACCUUUCGAACACCAACCUACAGUCACUGAGACAAAGGCUCAACGUGGAGGCUGAAGGCGCCACCUUGACGGGUUUUCUGAUCGCUCUGUUUAUGCGUUGCCUGGCUGCGGAGUACGCUGGAAGCGAAGCACGGGAUCUUGCUGUUUCCGUUUUGGUGGAUUUGAGAGGCUAUUUGUCCCCAACAGAUGAGUCUGGCGACCAACAACUGCCACAAGCACAUGGCACUGUUACCGUGAUCGAUUCCAUAGAGGCGAUAUCAGCGGAUGGUGGUGAUGCAACGAUCGAAACCAUUUGGCAAAAGGCAAUUGAAAUGACCAGUCAGCUUCGAGAGCGAGUGGCUCGUGGUGAGGCUCAUCGUUCCGCCUUGACCAUGACUGAAGGACGCUUUGAUGCUGGUCCACCGGAAGCCACGAUCGAGUUGAGCAAUCUAGGUGGGAUAAAGGAGAUCACCAGCGUUUUGCAAGAACGCCUGUCAGCUCCAGCAACCUCCAGGCCUGAGACAGGCACCUCUGGAGCUCAAGGCAGUGCAGGGCCCAUCAACGAGCAGGGCCUGGUGAAAAGAUGGAAGAGCAGGUUUGGAGGGGCAGCCAAUGCAGCGGACGAGAGUCCAACUUCUAUGCCAGUAAGUCUGCCAGAAGAUCUUGAAAGCGGUGAUGACGUUUUUGGCAGUACAGGUGCUCAGUUUGAGAUGACUGGUGAACAAUUUGAACCAAUGCAUUCAUGGGAUGAUUUUGAACACUUGGAAUCAUGUGCAAAGGACGCAAAUACUUUUCCUCCUGUUUUUCCUGGUUCCUGUGCUGCACAGCGUGAUACUGGAGGCCAUGUCAAGUUUGUGGACAAAGGUACCUCUUCAGCGAAAAUGGAACCUGGCAGGUUGGAGCGAGUUGCGUCAGCUGCACCUCCUGGGAUCGUUUCGGAAGCACUGCGUCUUACAGACAAAAAGACGCUUUUGUACCCAUGGGAGAAAGGAAGACUUGGACGCAUCUUUGGACAGCAAGGACGCCUUUCAUUGAAGAAGCCCAGGUUGAAUCCAGGGGUCAACAAUUUUGUCAACGUGGGCAUUGGUAUCUCUGAUGGAUUUCAUCUUGAUGGAACUGUGACAGUGCAAACUACGCUACAUGAGGCGGCUUUGUACAAGGCCGUGGUCAAGAACAUUGUAGGUUGUACAUUCACUGAAGAACGUGCAUCUCAAAGAGAACAUGCGUUGCAUCAAUGGUGGGACUUGCUGCGUUUGAACAUGUCUGCAAGUGACCCGGGCCGUGCUGCAGUUCAGGAGAAGGGCCUCUCCGAUGUUUUCAGAUAUGGGCUAGAGCUGCUUGACGCCACCUUCGGUCUCAAAAGUCCCGGUACACUACUCAAAAGACUUUGUGCCAUCAAACUUUUCAACCAGUGGCAGAUGCGCAAUUUUACAGAGACCUGGAUCCCAUUUUCUGAACAACGCGUUUGGGCCUACAUGCGCGAUUUGAAAGAAACCAAGGCUCCCGCUUCGAGAGCAGUCAGUCUUCUGGAGUCUAUACGCUUCUGCCAUUAUGUGCUCAAAGUGGACGGUGCUCUGAGCGUAUUGGAAAGUUUGAGAGUCAAAGGACUAGCAGCUCAGCUAUAUGCAAACAAGAAACCAUGGCAUCCCUCUGAUGUUCUCACAGUGAAUGAGGUGGAGUUUUUGCACCACUGUUUCAAGGACCAGAACGUAUGCGAGGUUGACCGCAUCUUCAUUGGUCACCUUCUACAUAUGCUGUAUGCUCGGGCUCGCUUCAGUGAUUUGCUGGCAGUAACGGAGCUCUUCAUUGACGCUGAGGGUGCUUACAUUGAAGUGAGCGCAACCUUGCACAAGGGUGCCAGGAGUAUGGACGCGAAGUCGAAGUUGCUUCCGAUCGUGGCUCCUGCAGUUGGCAUUAAUGGUGACAGCUGGGCAAAGGAGUACCUGGAGCUGAGACACAAGGUUGGCUUGAAAGAUCCGGGUAGCACAGCCACGCCAAUGUUGUUGGCACCAAAGCCCGGAGCCAUCGGUUGGGAAGACAGGUAUAUCACAUCCCAAGAGCUGAACGCAUUUCUCAAGAGGAUUUUUGCUUCUGGAGGUAGGCCCAUUGCAGGGCGAAAAAUCACCACACAUUCGUUGAAGGCCACUGGAUUGUCUUGGUGUUCGAAGUUGGGCAUCUCCGAAGAACACCGUGCCAUCCUUGCUAGGCAUGCGAAAAGUGUGCAAGGUGCAACUGUUCUGUACUCACGUGAUUUACUGUCCAGUGCAUUGCGAUCCUUUGAGCGGGUUUUGCAGUCCAUCAAGGGACAAACAUUCCACCCUGGCAAGUCGAGGUCCGGCAUGAUAACACCUGCCAGGGCCACGCCUGCUGGUGCUCCUUCUACGCCACUUCUUCCAGUGGCACCUGUGUUGGGCACUAUGGGCGCUGCAGCAACUCCCUUUGGCGCGGCAGGUGAACCUCUUGUUCGAGAUGUGCAGGAAGUCGGCAAACAAGCGGACUUGGAGCACUUGCAUGAUCGUUUCAUGGCUGGGUACGAUGAUUACUCGCCUGGGACAGCUGUGAACUCUCCUGCAGUCAAAGAGGAAUUUGUCUGGCCAGACUUGGAGUGGGAUGGUGCUGUCAUUGACCUCGAAGAACAGCACGACCUCCUCACAGCUUGGCAGUCAGGCUCAGAAGAAGAGUCCAGUGGAUGCUCGGACUCCAGUGAGGACACAGACUUUGAAUGGGACUUGGACGAAGAAGAUGAUGCAGAAGUCCCAAAGCGCGGUGGCGUGGUCGUCAAGUGGUAUAUCAAUGUGAAGACGAACGUCAUCCAUGAAAAGCGCAAUGAAACCACCUUCAGAUGUGGCAGACCUUUGGGUCAGACCUAUGUGGCUGUGCCUGCACUGACAGGCAUCCAAGACAGCGAGGCACAUUUCAUCGCCCGGGCAACCGAAUAUGGAUUGCCUAGGCGUUUGCAUUUUGAGAGUGAAGUUGUUCUUACAUCAACCAUUCGUGCUUCAGUGGAAUCACCUGAUCCCGGCACACCAAAGACAGUGCCAUUUGCUGAGAAGACUGCAAGGAUGGAUGAGUUGCGUGGACGUUUUCAAGGAUUGAACAUUCAUGGAAUUGGAGAGCCUUCACAUGCACUUUUGGAUGAGGUUUGUUCGCAGUUUGAGACACGUGUUUUGAAAUAUGUUGAGCCACAACGCUGCACAAGCAGGGAGCUUGAAAUCACCACUGGAAGAUCGGAUAAAAAGCUCAAGCUUGAUGCGGGUACUUUGGCUAUCAAAGAAACGCGCACUGUUCCUGACGAAGCGAUCUCAACAACCUUCCACUUGUCACAGUGCCUCAAACGGCGUGGUCUUGCAUAUGAAUUCGCCAAUCUAAUCUCUUUUAGAGCCCAUGAAUUAUAUACAGAGAAGCUGCUCAAGCACCUCAGCGUGGAACCGCCAAUGGGUUUUCAAGCAGCAACAUUGGCGCAGAUCCUUCGAGCAGAUCGCGAGGUGUUCAGCUUCAUGGCGCAAGAAGUACAAGAUAUCAGGCCAGGUGCUGACGAUGUGAGACCGCUGGAUGCAUCGCUUGAAAGAGCACUCAGAGAUUAUACCGUCGCAUUCCACCUUGUUCCCUUGCCGAAGUUUGCCAUGAGGGAGGAUACAUCUCAGCAGACUCGAAAACAUGGAAGUGAACCCUAUGCUCCGCCGCCCAAUCCUUCCAAGGGAAAAGGAAAAGGCAAGUUCAAAGGUGGAAAGACUUCCGGCUCGAAUGCAGUGUCGAUCAAGGUUCUCAUGCAGUUGUGCUUGAGUUGUUUUGUGGAACGGCUGGCCUUAGUAACACCUUGGGUUGAGCGUGAUUUCCAGGAACUCUCUGUGGAGCAAGUGCACCAGGCAUGUGCUUAUGGAUCAAAGCGACCCAAAUGGACCAAAUUGGUUGCAAAUUUUUCUGAGAUUCAACAGAUCGACAAGACAUGCCCGGGCAACCAUCAGCACGAACCAUGGGGUAUUCACUUGCAAGGGUCCAAGCGAGUUUUCGCUACUGCCUUGGAGGCCCUCACGUCCAAACAUCCGCUUGAUGUUGCACUUGCAUUACCAUGUGAAUUGCGUGAAGCCGUGGAUUAUAACCUGAAAACGCCUGCACAUAAAAUUGCGCUGGAAAGAGCCAGAUUUUUGGCUACCUGGGCCAAGCGUGCCAAAGAGCUUGCGAAGGAUGAACUGAGGCUGAAAGAAAGCAUGGACCCAGAGGUUGCGAGGGCGGUUUCCAGCAAGAGAAUUCUUUUAUUUGAAGAAAUUUUGAAGUCUACCAGUUUUCCUGACAUGGAUGUUGUAAACGAAUUGAAACAAGGUGCCAAACUGACAGGCACUGUUGAUGAGACUGGCAUGCUCCCGGGAAAAUUCAUCCCAGCCCUUUCUACAGUUGAAGAACUCUGUGCAAAUGCGGCCAGAAUCAGACCGAACCUCAUUGCAGAAGCCUCGGGGUCAGGCGAUAGUCAUAUCGACGAGGUUGUGUGGACCAAGACCCUGGAGGAAGUUGAGAAGGGUUGGCUGUUGGGCCCUUUGCAGCAAUGCGAGGUGCCCGACAGCCACCCCAUCUCACGCCGGUUCGGCUUGUUGCAAAAGAAGGGCAAAGUUCGACUCAUAGAUGAUUAUACAGAAUCUGGCGUGAACACUUGCGUCACGACAGUUGAGUCGCCGGUCCUUCACACCAUUGAUGUAGCGUGUGCAUUGCUUGCUUUGUGGUUUGAUACUUGUGAGGAGCUUGAGCUUAAUUCAGCAGUGGUAGCGAGAACAUUUGAUUUAACGAGCGCAUACAGACAAGUUGCAUUGAGCAGUGAAGGGAAGAAGUUUUCUUGUAUCAGGGUAUUUGACCCUAACUCUGGCCGCAUGCAACUCUUUAGGAGUCUCGUGCUUCCUUUUGGUGCCAUAAGGAGUGUUCAUGCAUUCUUGCGUUUGGCGCGGGCUAUAUGGUGGAUAGGAGUCGUUGGCUGCAGAAUUCUAUGGACUUCAUUUUAUGACGAUUACAUCGCUUUCAGCAGUCCGGCGUUGAUCACAUGUACAGAGACCACCAUCAGUUCAUUGUUCAAAUUGCUUGGAUGGGCUUUUGCAGAAGAAGGUGACAAAUGUUCACCGUUUGAUAACCUUUGCGAAGCACUUGGUGUCAUGUUUGACUUACACAAUUCUUGCCGUGGCUCAGUGUUUGUCAAGAACACUGAGUCCCGGGUGCGAGAGCUGUGCGACGAUCUCCAAGAGAUCAUAACUGGUAAUGUGUUGAGCUCGAAGCAAGCGCAGAGAUUGCGCGGGCGUAUGCAGUUUGCAGAAGCACAGAUGUUCGGCCGUACUGGUCGAAGAUGUCUCAGAGUCCUGAGUGAUUUCGCUGAAGGGCGCAGACAUAAACUGCAAACCAAAGACAUCUUCUUUCUGCGUUUGUUCAGGGAAUUGCUGCAGAGCAACGUGCCAAGAGAAAUAAAAUCACUUUGCAAAGAGAAUGUCAUCAUCUUUACAGAUGCAUGCUAUGAGCCUACAGACAGGAUAUGGCCUUGUGGUUUGGGUGGAGUCUUGUGUAUUGAUGGAGAGCUUGAAUUCUUCUCUGUGCCGGUUGACCGCAAUGGUCGCAAUGCUUUGGGUGAAGCGUCCAAGAAACAAAUCAUCUUUGAAGCAGAGACCCUUGCCGCGGUUUUAGCCUUUGCACUGUGGAAAGAACGCUUCAGCAAUCGGCGUUGUGUGAUCUUUGUUGACAAUGAAGGAACCAAGUUUUCUUUACUUAAAGGGUCAUCCGACAACUCCACACUGGAUCUCCUAGCAGGUGUGUGCCAAAUCCCAGAGGGUGCCAAGCUCUACACGGCGCAACGUUUUGAUGGAUACGAGGGGGUGAGCUGCAUGAUUCACUCAGAGGGAAACAAGGCGGGUGCGAUGCGCUGGAGCGUUUCGCUGGGCCAAGGCUUGGACUCCAAGCUGCUGCGCCGAGUCUUCGAAGCCGCGAAGGAACAGCUCUGUGGGAUGGCGGAGGCGUGA